GCCUCUCGCACAUCUUUCUUCCCAUCAGCACGCACACACAAACUCCCACACUCCCAAACUCCUACACAAACAACGAAGCAAAGAAAGAGAGGAACGUGCUUGCGCACCCAAACCCUAUCUACCUAAGUAUGUAUGUAAGCAUCCAACUCCAAACCCAAGCCCAAUGCCUGAUGCACCCGACCCUAACCCCAAACCUAAACGCCUCACUCGUCCCAUCCUCCCUCAUCCUUUCACAUCCCCCUCAAUUUCCCAUCCCCUCAACUCUUCCCCUUAGCACAGCACACAGCUCACAGCCCCCUCGGCGGCCCCCCAUGAUACGGAUCCCUGGGCCAAGCCGGCUCGCCGCUCUUGGUGCCCUGGGGCGGGGGAGGCGGCUUGGAGAGGACGGGGCGGGUGGGCGUGGGACGGGGGACCCAGAGCGUUUGCUUGGCCUUCUUCUUGUUGCUGCUGAUGAUGGUUGUUGUGAUGGUGGGGUACCGUGGGUAGGGGUGGAAGGGGAGCGUCGUCUUUGUUGUCUUUGUGGUUGUGAUGGCCAUUUUGAUGGUUGUGGUGGUGGUGGUUGUUGGUGGUUGGUUGUUGUGUGGUGGUCGUCUGUAUGCACGCACUGACUAGGUAUGCGUUCGCGGCGGCGGUAUGUAUGUAUAUAUGUAGGUGUUUGACGACAACAAAAGGCUGAAGUGUCGUAGGUAGGGAUGUAUCUGUGUAUGUCCGUCCGCUCAAUAGAGUUGAAAGUUG